AUGAAGCGCCUGUUCGACUUCUCGAUAAUCAAAACUCUCUGGGCCGCCCGUCUCCAGACACUUUUCCAAUCGAUUUUCGGGAAAAAUACUCCAGCGAAAUCUAUUCAGAAUCCAGUGGUACAGCCGGUACUAAAAGUUCCCAAAACUACAAUUCCAUCGAGCAGUAGUAAAAGAGAGAUGCAUUCGUCGACUGUUGUCAAGGCGGCCUUCCGCAAGCCAAUGAUCAAAUUCAUCGGAGCCCGUCUCCCUCGCCCACUGUACGACUCCAAAUCCCUUCCACCUCUUCAAAUCUCUGGAAAUUUCCCAUCUGGUGUCACUAAAACCGCCGCCGCUCCAACAGCUUCAUCCAUCGGACCAGUCGGAAAAAUUCCACGUGGACAGGGAAUCGAAUGGAAUCAGUUGCCAAAAAGCUUCCAGAGACAAGGAAUGUCAGAAGAAGAGUGUGAAGCUGUUAAUGUAAGCUUUGUUCUGUUUGAAAUACGGCGUCUGUUGCUGAAAAUGCGAAAUAUGCCAUCCGACAAUGAAGAGACAUCAUCAACACAAAAUAAUAGACAAGCAUGGAGCCAGUUGAUAUUGGACACCUCCAAGUAUUUAGGAGAAUCACCACAUUCGAAAACUGCCGAAAGUCUGCUUCCCAGCAUAAAUCGAGGAUGGACGGAAGAGGAAAAACAGGAACUCGUCGACGCGUUCGGCCACAAAAAGCGGCUACAUUUGACGAAAAGUGGAGUGAAAUCGGUUUUGGCGGCUUUUGAGGGAGAUCAACCUCAAUCUGACAUCAUCUUCCUAUGCCGUCUACUCGACCUCUUCUUCUCUCAUUUCUCAUCUGAAAAUGACCGGAAAAAAGAAAAGUACAUUGUGAAGUGUGACGCCAUUGCGACGCUGUGUCGAAUCACUCGAAAACGUAUCUUUCUGACUGUCGACGUCAGAAGUGAUGAUCCGGCAGUUGAUCCAUAUCUCGAUGAGCUCCUGUGGAAAUUACUUUAUUCCAUUGGGAAUAGAGAUUCCCGAGUGAGUCUGAAAAUCCGAAUGUGUGGUCUUAUCACCCCAAUGUGCAAGUUAUUCAUGCGAAAAGACAAUCUUCCGGAGUCCUUCCUCCCGUUUUUUAUCAAAAUUUCCAGAUCUCCACGUAAUGGUCAAUCAAUCGGAAGACAAGAUGGAUUCAUGGCACGACUGAUGUCUAAAAUUAAGACGCUGGACAAUUCCGAUCAAACACCACAAGUGGUUUUAUUGGAUAAACACCUGCAAUUGUUGUUCUUCACUAUUAAGAAUAAACGCACACGAACCCAUCUGCUUCGAGAAAACAUCUGUAAAUAUCUUCUGGAAGUCCUCCGACGCCAUCUCGCAGCAUCUUCGAAUUCCCGCCCCACUCGUCUGCUAUCUUCUCUUUUUGGAACUUUUGAUAAGUCACUUCUAGCAGCUCACACGGAAGUUGUCAUUGGCACAAUUGCCAUUUUGAGAUUGCUCAGUAAUUUUAAAAAAGCGCGAGACGAGCUGAAAAAUCUGCAAGUUUUGGACAUUUGUGCCAGGGAAUUGAAGGAAUUCUGGAGUGAUGAAUGGAAAACGGGACCGAAGGCGAGAAUUGUGGAUUCCCUCUCUGCUCUGUGCCUCCGUUGCAUGUCUCCACUACCGUAUCCUCUAGAAACUCGCCGUUUCCCAGUCGAUUUCCCACUUCCAACAGCUGCUCCAUCGACUCCUGGAGGUCAUGGAAGAAUUCGAAACUCCUCGUCGCUUAAUAUUUCAUUUGACAAUGGACGGAGUUCGGAUGAAGAUGGUAUGGAUGAAGAAGAUGAGGCAUUCAAUAGAGACGAGGAUGAUGAAGGAAAAGAGGGCGGAGCUUCGGAUGAUGAUGAUGGAAAGGACGAUCUGGAGGGUGGAGCACUUCCCAAGACAACACGGCUCACGCAGCAACAGUUGACAAAGUAUGCACCGUUUUUUGUGGAGAACGAACAGGGAACAAUUCAGCCGACGUUUUCGAUGAUGUAUCAGACGGGACAAGAGACGUGGAGGACUACUUGUGAGAAAACACGUCACGUGAUGCCGAUCCACCAUCACCUACCUAUCGAAAUGUUCACCACACCAACGCGAGUCCGUGAGAAGACUGCAAAAACUACAAAUAACAUGAAGAAAAUGAUAAUCGAAGAGUUGGAUAAACCAGAACGACCAUCUACAAAUCAAAUCAUUUACGAUCUGGAUACAGCCGCUUUCGAUGGCCUACCAGGACCGGAAUUGGCGUUUCCAACGAGUGGAGUCAAAUUGGACACUUCCAAGGAUCUUCAAUUUGAUUCUCGAUUUGAAAGUGGAAAUUUGAGAAUGGUCAUGCAAGUGGCACCCACUCACUAUGAGCUGUUCCUCUCUCCGGAUGUUAAUCAGAUGAGGGAUCAUUAUCAGUGGUUCUUCUUCCAAGUCUCGAAUAUGAGAAAAUCGGUGAAGUACACAUUUGAAAUUGCCAACUGUCUCAAAGCGUCAUCUCUGUAUAGUCAAGGAAUGCAACCGGUGAUGUACUCGAUGAUGGAAUCGGCGAACGGAUGGCGGCGAGUUGGAGAAAAUGUGUGCUAUUUUCGAAAUUUGUACAUAAAUGAGCACGAGGAGAAGCGGAAUGUCGAGGAGCAGAAGAAGAAAAAGUACUAUUACUCGAUUCGGUUCAAUGUGACAUUCCAGAACACCGGAGACAUUUGCUACAUUGCCUAUCACUAUCCGUACACCUACUCUUUUCUUAAUGCCUCAAUGAGCCUUCUCCGCAAACGAAGACAAGAGAACGUGUACUGUCGGGAAGAUGUGAUUGGCCACUCUUUGGCUGGAAAUCCAAUAAAAAUGCUCACAGUGACGUCAUUGGCAAGUGCCGCUGAAAUCGCCUCAAGAGAAGUAGUUGUGCUGAGUGCUCGUGUUCAUCCGGGAGAGACAAAUGCCAGCUGGAUUAUGCAAGGAAUUCUGGAAAAUCUUUUAUGUCGACAGUCGAAUGAAAUGUACAGAUUGAGGGAGACUUUUGUGUUCAAAAUCAUUCCAAUGAUCAAUCCGGAUGGGGUUAUCAAUGGAUCGCAUCGAUGCUCGUUGGCUGGAAUCGAUUUGAAUCGAGUUUGGGAUCGACCGAAUGAGUCACUUCAUCCCGAGAUUCAUGCGACCAAAGCUAUUAUUCAGUACUUGUGCGAAGUUGUCAAUAAGAAGCCGUUUGUCUAUGUGGAUAUCCAUGGACAUUCCAAGAAAUGGGACUAUUUCGUGUACGGAAACAACGCGGCGGAUUCGUGGAGAGCUGACGAUGCGAUGGAAGUUCCGCUUGUUCAAAUUGAAGAGGAGCAGCAUUUGGCACUGCCAAGGGCUCUCGAAGCGACCUGCCCCAGCCGUUUCAACAACUCUGAAUGUCGUUUCAACAUCUCUCGUGCCAAAGAAUCUUCUGCGCGUGUCAACGUUUGGCGUCAAUUUGGAGUCCCAACUGCAUAUACCCUUGAGUCGACGUUCUGUGGAUUCCACAAGGGACAAAAUGCUGGAUAUCAAAUCAGCACGAACGAUUUGAAGGAAAUCGGUCGCGACUUGUUGCACUCGUUUUUAGAAAUGAUUAGA